AUCGUAAAGUUAAAUGUGACAAGGAACGUCCUGAAUGUGGAACCUAUCAGCAAGGCAUGAGUUCACUGCCUGAUUCAACUUCCCUUGAAAAUCAGUUGAAUUACUUGCAGGGAGUACAGUUUGGCCAACUAUUUGACGAAACGGGAUUUUUGGCGAUGGCAACACGUCUUCCUCCCGGCGUAGAUGUUGAAAACUUCCAAAUUUCUGGAAUGCUGACGAGACCAUUAGUUACAGUUCAACCGGGUGAUAAUACUUUUGGCAACUAUGUAAUGAUCACAACUGAAGUUCUUCAAAAUUCGAUUAAUAUCGCAUCAAACAUUCAAAGACCACCUGAACAAUGUCAAUACGAUCCAACGUAUUUUAUAAAUCAAGCUGAUUUUGCCGCACUUAUACAACAGGUACCUAAAACAUCCGAAGACUCGGAAAUGAGCGAUCUUACAUUAUCAAUCGAAAAUUUAAGGCUAUACGAGUCAACUCGUUACGUUGGCGAAGGCUCAUUACUGAUGCUCGACGAUAAUAAUGAUGAAAGGAUAAUUCCAUUAAUGCCAGAAGGGCAGGAUGAGUUGUCUCCUGUUGACGAUUCACUCAAGUAUUUACCCAAUAUAGAAAUAGUUGAACAGCUAAUUAACUUAUAUUUUAAGCACGUCCAUCGAUAUUUUCCUGCUUUAAGAGUACAAGUUAUCUGGGAUGCUUUACAAAAUAUAUCUAAGCCACAACACUUGUUAUUAUUAAAUUGUAUAUUUUUUGUUGCAUCACCAUUCCAUGAUGAUCCAGACAAGCAAGAUGGAAAGAUUUAUUUUGAUCGAGCAGAAGUAUUUAAGAUGGAAGAAGUUGAAAGAUUGCGAAAUGAGGCCUUUUGGAUGACUUUCAUAUCUGAAAAUUUUGUAUCUACAACUUAUGGUCGACCAAAUAUGAUUGACGAAACUGAUUGUAAUAUAAAUGUACCUCGAAUAUCAUAUGAUUCGAACUUACUAGACGACGAUGCGCGACUCGAAAUUGCUUAUAUUAAUUUAAUUAAUCUCAGUCGGAUUUGCGCUAGGGUGCGGAAAUAUUUACAUGCUGCAUCAAGAUUAAGAUUUUUGAUGCAAGAUGAUCAAAAUAAAUUCCAAGUUCUGGAUGCUGCACUGGCAAAUCAAUAUCCUGAUGUACCUUAUUCUUCGGAUUCUCUUGCAAUCUGCAUGCAACGGGCUAUCAUAAUAGUUCAUUGUCUUGAAAUAUUAUUAUCAAAACAUCCAGAGUUUUUUGCUCUCGCUGUAUCAGGUCCAUUUGCAAUUAAUCCUGCAAAACGUGUUUUUAUUUGGCAUGCUAGAUAUGAUUUAGUGGAAACUGAGGAUGGCACUAUUAGAAAAUCUGAAAACUGUAGAAAGUCUGAAGAAAUGUUAAUGCGUCUUGAAGUCAUUGAGAAUCAAAUUUCUAGAAUUUCACGGAGGUAUGAUCGAGGAAGGAUACAUUACGAUGAAGGAUUUAAUGACAGACCUGCUGAAUGGUUAGGUAUGACUCAACAUCGCAAGAAGAUAGAUAGAAAUGCUAUUGUUCCUAGAGAAUGGGAGUCAUUUAUUGCAGAUGAUGACAAAGCAACGAGAAAACAAUAUUCAGUUAUUGCCAAAAAGCAAUCGGGACCUUUUAUGCCAAAACGACAAAAUUCUGGUGUUUACAGGUCAACAAAUGGUAACAGGAUGCAUAGUUCAUGCUCCCUCUUAACACAACCGUUAUCUGAAGAACCUAUGAAUGAACCCAAUUUCAUAUUUAAAACUGAUAGAGAUUUUCAGUUUUCUGCUUUCCAACAACCUUCCUCCAUAAAUAAUAAUAUGUUCCAAGAUGAUCAAUUUCAUUCAUCAACUCAACCACCACCACCAAUUAUACAAGAUUUUAGUUCGUCACCAUUACAGCAAUCACAAUCAAUACAAGAUAACAUUGAUCAGGUACAAUAUUCACUUGAUAUGAAGCCAAAUAAUGAUAUGCUACGAACACCUCCCCAAUCAGCUAGACUUUCACAAUGGCCACGAUCUAACGAUGGUACUCCAGCUUUGUCCCCAACUUUGGUAUCAGCUACAGCUAACGUAAUAUUAACACCACCACCACAGUCUGAUUUAUACAUAGAAUCAAAUGAUUUUAUGAAUAAUGAAGGUUUAGCUAUGCUUCAAAAUUCAAAUGCUCAGGAACAAAUGUUUCAUGAUGAAUUCGUUAAUGAAAAUAAUGGAAUAGGAUAUGAUGAUAGCGGAGAUAGUAUCUUUGGUCUUGGAAUAUCUGUUUCGACCGAUAAUUAUAGACAAGAACAGCAAGUGCACCGCAAUGAAACCGCAAUCGGCAUGGCGAAAACUAAUCACCAGCAAGUCGAAGUCACGUCACACAGCUGGCAAGCAACAAUCAAAACCACAAGCACAGCUGACAAACGCACAGUCGAA